AUGCGUGUAGAAGUCAAAAUGCUCAAUACAAAGGACUACAAUGCCUUGAGCUUGGCUCAACCUACAAAUUUCAAGGCUAUGUUGGAAUCCGGUGAGCUGCUCUGGGGUACUGGAUGCCGGAUUCCCCAUCCAGAAGCGGCGCGAGUUAUUUCUGCGACACCGUAUCAUUUCUGUUUCUUAGACGCAGAGCAUGCGCCUUUCAAUGCCACCCUACUUGUCGAUAUGAUUCGAACGAUUCAGCUUCACUCAAACGGCUCAAUGGUACCAUUCGUCCGCAUCCCAAGUUGUUCACCAGAGCUAUUCAAUUAUGCUCUGGGUGCUGGAGCAGGUGGAGUAGUCAUGCCUCACAUUCAAAAUGCUAAACAGGCAGAAGAAUUGGUACGUUUGUGCCGGUUUCCGCCAAUGGGGGACCGGAGCUUCCCACCUGCUGCCCUGAUUGGCGAGCGGCAGAAUAGGACACCCGAAGGCCAGACCACCUACGACGUGUGGGACAACCAUGCAGCGGUGAUCUGUCAAAUUGAGGAUCUAGAGGGUUUGGAAAAUGUCGAAGAGAUUUGCAGAGUACCAGGUGUUGACGGCCUUUUCGUUGGCACCGGGGAUCUACGUAUGAGCAUGAAUCUUGCACAUGGGUCUCUGGAUGGUGAUGAGCCUGUUUACCUUGCUGCUCUUGAGAAGAUCCGGGACGCUGCAAAGGCCAAUAAUCUUCCGAUCAUGGGAUUUGGUAUCUCCCCUUCUGGUGUUGAGCUUAGGCUAGAGAUGGGCUGGAAUGCGUUCAUUAUUCAUGGUGACAUUGAUGCCAUAUGCACAUCGGCCACUGAAUAUCUGCAGAUAUACAGCAAAGCUGCUUAUGGAGCCAAUGAGAAUGUACCCAUGCGGGAGAAAAACGGCGAGCCGGCUCUCAAGCCUCUGAAGGCAAAUCUCCGGUCAGAUCUCAAUUAA